AUGAGUGACAUGUCCCCACCGAGACUCCUGCACUUGGCACAGAAGAGCCUGCUGGGUAAUGAGGCCUUGACCAUCCUUAGUCUGGACCAGCUUCCUAGAGAGAUAUUCCCUGCACUAUUCCUGGAGGCCUUCAACAGGAGGCUCCUGAGCAUCCUGAAGGCCAUGGUGAGGGUCUGGCCCUUUGAAGUCCUCCCACUGGGCGCCCUCAAGAAGAAUUCUCAAAUGGACAUCAUGAAAGCUGUGCUGGAUGGGCUCGAUAUGAAGUACACCCAGAAGUCUGACUGCAGGAGAGGGAAGCUGCACGUGCUGGAUUUACGGGAUGUUGGUCUGAAUUUCUGGAAUGUGUGGGCCAAAAGCAUGGAUGAUGCCUGCUCUUCAGAGCCUAAUAUGAGGAGACAGCCAGUGGAGCACAAGGAGCUCAAGUCAGCCUUGAAGGUCAUAGUCAAUGUCUACCUCACCACAGACACCCCCAAUGUGUUCCUCACCCACCUGCUUCAGUGGGUGAAGGAGAGAGCCAGCCUGGUGCACCUGUGCUGUCACAAGCUGAAGAUCGCAAGGUGUCUCAUCCACAGGAUGAGCGAUAUCCUGGACAGUCUGGAGUUUGGUUGCAUCCAGGAGGUGCAAGUGUUCCCUGUCUGGCGACUCCCCACCCUGGCCAAGUUUGCUCCCUACCUGGGCCAGAUGAGCAGCCUUCACAAGUUGUCUGCCUUCCACCUCUCUUUCCCAACCCCCAUCUCCCUAGAGGGCAAGGUUUACUUCAACACCCAGUUUACCUCCGAGCUACCCAAGAUGCCCCACCUUCGACGCCUUCAUAUGAACUCUGUCAACUUGCUGGAGGACAACCUGGACCAAGUGUUCAGGUGCCUGAAACGCCCCCUGGAGAGUCUCUCUCUAAUGACUUGCCUGCUCACGGAAGUGGAUGUCUGCUAUCUGUCCCAGUGUCCAAAACUCAGCGAACUCAAACACUUGCACCUCAACUGUGUCAAACUAACCAAAAUCAGCCCGGAGACUCUCCAAGUUCUUCUGGAGAGAGUGGCAUCCACCCUCAUGACCCUGGACUUGAUGGACUGUGACAUCACUGACUCACAGCUCAAUGCCAUCCUGCCUGCCCUGAGCCAGUGCUACCAGCUCACCAGCUUAAGUCUUUUCGGGAACAGAAUCUCCAUGGCCAUGAUGGAGAAGCUCAUGGAGCACACAGGCAACCUCAGUGCUCUGAGAGUAGAGCAGUACCCAGCUCCCCUGGAGAGUUACCACACGCAGGGCAUCGUCCAGCGGGAGAGGUUUUUCCAUCUGUGUACAGAGCUGAUGGGCAUCCUGGAGAGAAAUAGAAAGCCCAAGAAAGUAGAGUUUCGCACAGAACACUGCAGGAAAUGUGCACAUCAGACGGUUUUUUGCAAAAAUCACCAUAAUUGGUGUGACUGCUACCUGCUGUACUAA